AUGUCAGCCAUCUCAAAGUCCAUCAGCAAGCUGGCCCGCCGCGGGGCGCGGAAGCCGGCCGCUCUUCCGCCAUCCCGUCCCUUGGCCACCGUGUCAGACUACAACCUUGCCCAGAUGGGAGCAACAAUGCCUCCAGGCUACAAGGCAACAGUUGCUCAGCUCGAGACCUUCACACUUCCAGACCGCAUCACCGGCAGCAAAGGAGAUGUGGCCAUGGGCAAGGGCCUCGUCGAUGCCUUCCGCCGGGACGGUAUCCUCCAAGUUUCCAUGAACGACAAGCAGCAAGCCAUCUUCAACGAAGCUACUGCUGCCAGCAAAGCCUUCUUCGCCAAGCCUCCUCCUGAGAAGGCCGCCUGUGUUGACUCUCAGAGCUACUCCGGUUACAUUGCCUCCGGUGAGGAGAUCACGGACGGUAUCGCCGAUUACUCUGAGAUCUUCACUGUCACCAAGGACUUGGACCUCGCUGAGCCACGUGUCCGCGCAAAGUGGCCCUGCCACGGUCCGGCCCCUUGGCCUGAUUAUGAAAUGAAGCAACCCAUGACGACUUACAUGGACUACCUUGGCGAGAGUGGAGAGAAGCUGCUCCAGCUUAUUGAGCUUGGACUCAACGUCCCCGCCGGAUCUCUUACCAAUCUGACCGCCGACGGUUGGCACCACAUGAGAAUCCUUAGAUUCCCUCCUACACACAACACCAACGGCAAGGGCAAGGAGGGUCGUGGUAUCGGAUCGCACACUGACUACGGCCUACUUGUUAUCGCUGCUCAAGAUGACGUCGGUGGUCUCUUCAUCCGCCCUCCCUAUGAAGGUGAACACUACGCCAACUGGGAGAAGAGUGCCGCCGGCAUGAAGGAAGACGAUGACCUCUGGCACUACGUUCCUCCCGUGCCCAACGUCUUCACGGUCUUCCCUGGCGACAUCAUGCAGUACAUCACGAACUCAUACCUGCCGUCCACUCCCCACAAGGUCGGCUUGAACACCCGCGAUCGCUUCGCCUUCGCCUACUUCCACGAGCCCAGCUUCCAGGCUGUCGCCAAGCCCCUCCCCGGCUAUGAUGUCGGCCAGUCCCCCAAGGAGGGCAUCCACUACGGCACCCACUUCACCAACAUGUUCCUCCGGAACUACCCGGAGAGAAUCACUACCAAGAGAAUGAUGGCCGAGAACCGUCUCGAGAAGUUGAACCAGAAGGAGCUGCGCACUUUGCCUGCCAAGAGCGACAGCGCAUCCGGCUACAUCCCCAGCGUUGGGCAACAGACCCAGCAGCGAGCUUCUUUGUAA